CGGAUACAUACACAUGCGCGACCUCGGCCGGGUCGGGCUUCUCGGGGCUCUCGGGCUCGGUGUCGUGUAUGGCCUCGCGACGACGACCUGUGGGCCGACGCAGUACUUUGACACGCCGAGUCUCAGCUGCGCGUCCUGUCCAACGGGGAUGGUCGGCCGCAACGCGGCUGCCGCAUGCACGUGCAGCGCCGGCGCAAUCCUUGCAGUGAAUCCGUCGCAGCUGUGCUGGAACGCGUGGCCCAAACCGUGCGACGCCCGGACGUGCGUCAACUGCCCGGCGGCGACAGUGCCCAGCCGCGACGGCGCGGCGUGUCUUCCGUGCGACAACACGACGCUCGGCAUCCGCAACAACGACUGCCAGUGCCGCGCCGGCAUGGUCCUCGUCGAUCGCUACGCCAAUGCGACGCUGCUCGCGGCCAAGACGUGUCUCCCAUGCAACAAUGGCAGCGUCGAUGCUUCCGGCUACGUGUGCACGCUCUGUCCUGUUGAUAUGCUCAGUGGCAGCAACGGCUGCGUCUGCCGCCCUGGCUUUGUGAGCACGGGCAUCGCAGCGAUUGGGCUGCUGCGCUGCGUCGACCAAGGCAACGUGUCGGCGAUCACCGCCAUGUACCCGCUCCAGUCGGCGACGCAAGUGACGUUUGCCGAUGCGUCACGGACGUUUACAAGCGCGAUCUUCGAGCACUAUUUUACGUCGGCGGCCGUCGGGUGCUACUACUAUAGCAACGAAGACAACAAUGGCGCGUGCCAGACCCUGGGCAAUCUCUGCGUCCUCCAAAUGUUUGCGUCAUCGAGCGCGGCGUGCAGUCUACUGCGUCAGCUCGCGUCGUCGAGCCGCCUCACGACCUCGAACGGGAUGAGUGGCUGGAGUGCGACAUUGCCCUUUCUCCUCUACAAUGGCGGCGCCACUUCGAUUCUCACCCAAACCUCUCUGCAGCUCACGAUGUCGUUUUCUGCCGCGGCCAACCCGGGGACCAACGACACGCUGCAGUUUAUGCUCGCUUCCUAUACGCUUAACGGAACGUACUUGGGCCUCCACCCGCUCUCGACGCAGUUGCUGCUGUGCGACCCCACGGCUCGUGGCAACUUUGGCUUUGGCCUCGACUGGCUGCGCUUUGGCCUGAGCAAGACGUUUGCCUACAGCUGCGACCUGACAGCAGCGUUUGCAUCACCACCAAACGUGCUGUUGUACGAACUGUACCUUGUCGACACUGACAAGUCGCUGCUGCCCGUGCCCAUUCGCGUGCUUAACUAUCGCGACGGGCGGAAUUUGGCCGUCAACAUAAACCGCGCGCCGACCGACGUCGAAGGCGACCAGCUCACACACCGCUUUUAUGUUCUGGACGCUGCGUCCGGGGUCGCGUCGGGCUACACGACACCUAGCGUUGUCUCGUAUGCGUCCCGCCUUUUGCUCUCGAUUCAAACCCAAGCGUCCAGCGUCAGCGCGCUCUACCCGCCUGUCUUGACCAUCGAAUACACUAGUAUCGAGUCGCCGGAUGCAAUCGUAUCCAGUGUCUUUCAAGUGCAAUAUUCGUCGAGCACCAAGGCGUUUUGGUCGGUCGCGCUCGCGCUCUUCGUGCUCGCGUGCGUCGUCUCGGGCUGCAGCGUUCUCUUGCAGUACUACACGUGGCAGCGCCGGCACACGCGGGGCAGCGACAUCACCGCGUCCACAUGUACCACCGUCUUGUUUCUAAGUACUUUUGCGCUACGGUCGUCGCAUCGACUCGAAGAUAUCCUAGGCCGCACGUUGGCGUCCACACUCUCGACGUGGCUGGUCGGCAUUCUAAGUGUGCUCACGGGCUACUACUUGAUCUUUUUCAAGCUCCAGUCGGCCGUCUAUACCCUGCUGCCGGAACACAACCCGUCGUACGGUGUCUCUGAUGAGUACGCGCCGUUCGAGAUCGUGCUCGUCGGCGCGGCGAUGGCCAAGACCAUUGCGCUUCUCUGUACGGUCUACGUCCAAGCGAGCGUCGAAAUGUUCUUUCUCGACUGGGAAAAGCCCCGCGGAACUCCCGAGAGCCCGUCGCCCGUGAGCAUUUGGCGCACGAUCCUCGUCGCCAACGAGUGGAACGAGCUGCAGACCGCGCGCGGCUCGUCGUUACCCCUAACCCUACUCGGUCUCUUAUGGCUACUUCUCGGGUGUGAGUAUGCCACCUUGGCAUCCCCUCAGCCGCUCGUGUACGGCAUGGCGUUUGGCGCUCCGAACGAAUACCUCCGCUUUGCCAACGUUGUGGCGUGGUGGACCGUCCUCACCGCGUCGCAGUGGCUCUGGCGCUGGCUCAUUUAUGAACGAUGGAUCUCGGAGCCGCGCCACCUCCUCUUCCUCGACCUCUGCACGCUAGCCAAAGUCAGCUGCGUGCUGUUAGACGAAGCAUACCACGGGUACUACCUCCACUGCCGGUCGCCGUACGCAUUCGCCGACGGCUCGAUGCUCGACUUGACCGAGCAGCUCAAGCAAGAGGCCGCGGGUCUCACGGCGUCGCGCGGCCUCGACGGCGGCCCCGACGACUGCCAGUGCUUUGAGCUCUUCUUGACCAAAGCGUGGCGCAAGCGCUUCAUGAAGCUCUAUGGCGCUGAGGAGGCGAAAACCCACGCGCAGCCAACGCUGCUGCACGACGUUCUCGAGCGCCGACGUACGAAUACGCUGCUCGCACCACCGCGCAAAGCGGCGCCGUCCCCCAAGCUCGUCCACGCCGGGCACAAGCUCACUGCAUUUUUGCGAUCGUUUGUCGACAAUACGGACGAGAGCUUUCGCUGGAAAAUGGUGUCGGGCCAGCCGUGCCUGGCGCGGUAUUUCCGCCUCCCGCCCGACCUCAGCGCGGCCAAGACCUCGCUCUUCGUCGCCGAUGCACAGGCAACGGGUUUUACGUCCAUGCUCUUCCUCGGCCUCGAGACAGAACUCGUGCUCUGGAACAUGCUUGUCUUUGCGACGUGCGACGUGUGGUGGGGCAACCACGCGAUCUCGGCGCUCUGGACGUACGUGGCCGAGUGUGCGCUGGUACGGUUGCGCCAGCACUGGGGCACGCGGAAUGUCGCCAAGCGCACUCUCGUUGACGCCCGCUUCUUGAUCUAACGUCAGCCUUGAGCUCGCGUAACUUUAGUAGUAUAUAUCUGAGCCACAGUGAAUAUGUACGCUGGUCCGAGAGGUUUGUCGGAUGUAACUAGGAAAUGUGUUU